CACAGGGGGCUGUUGAUCACUUGAAAUAUGGCUGGCAUGACUGAUCUGGCUUGAUCCCACAAAAAAGAUAAAAACACAAAUGCAAAAUCGCUCCUGGCUUUUUACAUUUAAUGUAAAAUUUUAUCCAUCUUGUGCUUCUCAGAUGACUGAGAGUAUUUCCAGAUACCUCCUAUGCCUCCAGAUCCGGGCAGACAUUGUUUCUGGGCGCCUGCCCUGCCCCCCUGUGACUCGUGCCCUCCUGGAAUCAUACACCAUCCAAGCGGAACGUGGAAAUUAUGUGGAUGAUGAGGUCCUCAACAAAAUCAAGCCACAUACUGAUUAUUAUUUUGGGUCCAUUGACACCAAGAAGAUGGAGGACUUGGUAUUGAAUUUCUACAAAGCACAUAUUGGCAUAGCUUCAGCAGAAGCUGAUUAUCAGUUCAUAGAGCACGCCAAGGGACUGCCCAUGUACGGGGUUCAUCUGCAUGAGGCCAAGAACAUCAAGCUGGGCGUGUCUGGCAAUGGCGUGUUCAUCUAUAAGGAAGAGCUGACUUUCUGUCGCUUUGACUGGGGUAACAUCGCAAAGGUCUCCUGUAAGGGCAGUGAGUUUUUACUCAGACUGAGGCUCGAAGAGAAGAACAAAUUUGAUGGCACCAUUACAUUUCAAAUGCCAAGUCCCCAGGCAGCCAAAAGGUUCUGGAAGGAGUGUGUGGAGCAACAUACCUUUUUCAGACUGGAGCAGGCACCUAAAGCAAGAUUUCUCGCCUGGUACAAAUUCAAGUACAGUGGCCGGUCCCUGGCACAGGUCUGCCAGGCAAACGCCUUCAUCAGCAGGGAAACACCAAAGGUUAAGCGUCCUCCUCCCAUGUAUAUCUAUGCACCUUUCAUUGAAGAUGAAAUCGGUCCUUUGGACAAGUGUUAUGAAGGACGUUCCUGGAGAGAUAACAUCAAAUGGCCCUGGUGUCGUAGUCAUUGCCAUCGUAUGACACAGGGCCAGCAGAAAGACACCGAGAGGACUAAAGUCCUGCACUUUUUGAAAGGUGCAAAAACUGAGGAGGAACGACAGUGAGUAAUGUGCCAGGUGAAGCAGGAACUGGGGCAGCUGUUGUUUGAAACCAGGCAUUGUGGCUCCAGAUGCCGCCUCUCUGAACUACAAAAGAAGCCCAUGAUCCCGCUUUACAGGUGAAACCGAAAGGCCUAGAUUUAGCUCCAAGGGAUCAAACAGAAAAAUGUACAUGAUCAUUAAUAAACAAUCAAAAGACAAUUUACUUUGCAAAUUCAAAUAUUUCUUUUCUGAAUCUCAAAAUAGACACAACGCUAAACACAGAGAGAGAUUAGACAUGAAAGAGAUCUAAAUGAGCCUCCAUUACCAACUUCAUUGUGAGGGUUGAUCAUCUGGGACCAUCUGUUGAUCAUCUGGGACAGGCCCUCUGCUUUGCAGGGAGAAUCUUUUCUCCCCAAAUGUAGUCCUCUAGCACACUAGUCCAAUCUUUCUGCUAUUUGUUUCCACCCACUGAAUAUGUAGCAAACAUUCUGCACCCAGUUUGUGGUUGGUAAAUAAAUCCCUGUAGUUGGAUUAGUGAAGAGGUCUCAAGGAUGUCCAUUAUGGUAUUAUAAAUUUUAACUUGUUUUCCAGACUUCCUUAACCUGAAGUCAAUUAAGACACUGUUUACACACACUGUUUGGCUAAAAUUGUGGAUGGGGAGAUGUUUCAGGAAGGAAAGAGGGAGCCUCAUUUGCUUUCAAACAACCAGUAGUUUAUUUUAUUUUUUAAAUACAUGCGAAACAAAAAGCCACACUGAAAUUUUCACUUUCUAGUAUCUAGAAAUAAAACCCAAUUCUGUUCCUUGAAGCCCUGAAUA